UAAAACACACAAAGAGUGACACAGAUAUGGAUUUGAAGGUGAAGGUAGGAGGUGUGAAAGAUGUAGAACUGUCAGAACCCGUGAGCCCGAUCGGACAGUACUUGAACAGCUCGGUGCUUUCUGUUCACAUUAUCGGCGUCUUGGAGUUUGACAACCCCAUUGAUGACGCUUCAAGGCUUGCACUUCAUAUUAUCGAUGUCUUUCUUCCCAUUAACCAUCGUUUCUCUUCAAUUAUGGUAGAAGACAAAGAAGAAGGGAAGCGCUGGAAGCGAGUCCAAGUGAAGGUGGAAGACCACAUCCUAGUCCCUUCUUUUCCUGAAGCAUUAUCACCCGAAUCUUACGAUCAUUAUUACAGUGAUUACCUAUCAAAUAUCUCAAUGGAACCUCUCCCGCAAACAAGACCGUUAUGGGAAAUUCAUAUCAUCAAGUAUCCAACAAGCAAUGCAUCUGGAAGCGUUGUCUUCAAGCUUAACCAUGCACUUGGUGAUGGUUACUCUAUUAUGGGUGCUGUCCUCUCUUGUCUAAAAAGAGCAGAUAAUCCUUCUCUCCCCUUAACAUUUCCAGUUAUUCGGAAAACUCUCAAGCCAGAAAAUGAUCUCAAGAGCUUUUUUAGUGUUGUAACAUUGGGCCUCAGUGGUGCACUUAACACGGUCUUGGAUUUCGGUUGGAGCAUCUUAAAGAGCAGUUUCUUGGAAGAUAGCCGAACCCCGAUACACUCCGGCAAAGAAGGGGUGGAGUUCAGGCCGAUCAAUAUAAUGACAAUGACAUUCUCUUUGGAUCAAAUGAAGCAAAUUAAGUCCUCCUUGCAAGCGACAAUAAAUGAUGUAGUUUGCGGAAUGAUUUUCCUGGGGAUAAGAUUGUACAUGGAAGCAACAAGUGAAGAAGCAAGAAAUGCAAGGUCUACAGCUUUGGUGGUGCUUAACACUAGAUCUAUUAGUGGUUACACGUCUGUGGAUGAGAUGCUUCAAAAUCAGGAAGCUAAAAGUCUGUGGGGAAACCAAUGUCUUUUCUUGCACAUUCCAUUACCAGAGCUUCACCAAAAUGACAAUCCUUUGAAUCCGCUCAAAUUUGUUCAAGAAACACAAAAUAUCGUCAAAAGAAAGAGAAACUCCUUUGCUGUCUAUCUCAAUGGAAUGUUACUUGAAUCUAUAAGAAAAUUUAGAGGUCCAGAGGCAACCUCUCGAUACGUUCAUAGAACCCUAAAGAAUUCAAGCAUACUGGUGACAAAUGUGAUUGGGCCACUUGAGAAAAUAACUCUUUCCAAUCAAACGGUUAAAGGAAUGUAUUUUAUGGGAGUGAAUUUCCCACAGAGUCUUACAGUAACAGUAGUGAGUUACAUGGACCAGUUGAGGGUUGCAGUAGGAGCUGAAAAAGAUUUCAUAGAUCAUGUGAAGUUUCGUACAUGCACCGAGAAGGCAUUCAGUAUGAUUUAUGAUGCUGCAGUUAAGCCUAAUUGACAUGAAAGUUCUUACAAAAGUCUUGAUCCAUGGAUUUCGUUAGUCGCUUCUUCAAUAAACAUUGAUCUUCCUACGAUACAAUCAUGUCUUGAUUACUCAUUGGCG